AUGGAGGAGGAGGAGGAAGCCAUGUCGGAUCUCCACAGCUUCGACGUCGUCGCCUCCUACCGCGACGUCCUGCCCCUCGCGAUGGGCUGCCACAUCUCCAUGCCCGGAUACCACAACAACUACCCGAUGAUCGACUACUUCAUCUACCGGACCGGCGCCGGUUGUGGUGGCUGCUCCCGACCGUCUCUGACCCUGCUUCCCCCUCUCGGUGGAACCAUCGCCGAGGUCCGGGACCGGAUCGAGGCCAAGACGAACGGUCUCACGAACCAGCGCCUGCGCAGGAUGCAGUGCCUGGACCUAGGCGUGCUGUGCCGCGGCGGAGAGGGGGAGUUUGAGUUUGCCGUCGCCGAGCUCGAGAUCACCGGGUCCAAGGCGCCACCCAAGCUCCACGUCCUCCUCUCCUCGCCCAAAUCUACUAGGAGAUGGGAGGAGCUGCUCUUCUACUUCGAUGCUGACACGGUCAUCCCCUUCAAGAACUACCUGUGCUGGGUUGACUACUGCUUUGGUAUCUUGUUCUGCGAUGUGUUCGAUGAGAGCCCCAAGCUCGAGUACCUGCAAUUUCCUUCCCAACUCCCCAAAUUUGCUCGUGGAAGCGAAACCCGGACAUGGAUACAGGCCUACCAUGCUGUGGGUGUCACCAAGGGUGAUAUCAUGAAAUUUGUAACCGUCGUCUGUGGCAAGGGCUGGUUUCCUGAAACCAUCGAACCUGACACUCCUGAUUUCACUGUCACCUCCUGGUCUCUUAGGAUAACAGAACGCGAGAACACGAUGGAGUCGGAGCAGGAUGCAAUUCUUAGAUCCAGUGAGCUUUGGGAUCUUGAUGGAUUUGCACAUCUUCCGCGUACCCCGUUGCAAUUCCCUGUCAUCAGCAUGGAUGAGCCCAAUGUCGUGUACUUCAUGUUGGAGCGGGAAGGGUAUGGCAUGCAUAAGAAGGUAUGGCUUGUUGCCAUUGACAUGAGCAACACCACGUUGAAGUCGUCAUCUCUAUACAUGAGUUUUGUAGAACAAGUCGGGGACCUCUCUGGUGAUGAAGCCAAGUAUUUUGCCGAACAAAAACUCCGGUUCUAUGACACCUUUCUUCCUUCCGAGUUCUCCAGGUACCUCAAUCCGCUUGGCACGAGGUUCAGAUGAGAACAUAUAUACCUCGCAAAUACAACUUCCUCGAUAAAGGACAUAAAGAAAUAAUCAGCACAUGAAAAAAAAGGUUCCGUCAGGAGCUGACAGCCCCAGGGCGUUUUUUUCUAAGAACUUCUCACGCAAGUCUUGAAAAUCACCGAACUUCGGUCCCACCCAUACCCAGCGGCAUCGCAACCUGUGUGACAUUAGGCCGAAUCUUAGACCUGUGCUUUGGUGGCUUUAGUAUGGGACGGAUGAGGAUUUUUUUUUAAUUAGACCUGUGUUUUGGUGGCUUUGGUGUGGGACGGACGAGGAUUUUUUUUAACCCCAACCCGAGCCUAAAAAUUUGUUGCCAAGGGAGUCAAACCUAGGAGGCUAGGACCUCAAGGGUUCCACAGGAGUCCCUAACCAUUAGGCUAGAGACCAUUCCACCAAUUAUUAGCACGUUUCUGCAAAAAUGUAUGUCACUGUUGGAGUUCAAAGAAUCCUUGGCCUUCAUCUGUCUUUGGACUCAUUACUUUCUGGAAAAGAGCUUUGCAGAUUGUGCUUCGGCCUUCGGUCUUGUAAGCCUUGUGGAUUAUCGUUUUAUGCAAUAUGCGAACUGUGAGUUCACAGUUAUUCUUUGUUGUAGCUCUAGUGUCCUAAUGUACAUACGGGUUGGAGGUUUAUCAGUGUUUGUCCUAAAAUCACUAAUGUAGGACCUAUUGUUUGAAAGGAACAUUGUAGAACUACAUGUUUAAUUAAUAUGUAACAUAUCUUCAGUGAGCUAA